GCGGCUGCAGGCGCUAAGGCGGCGACUGAGGGAGUCGCUGCUGAGGCGGCCGCGGGCCCGGGUCGCGUCAGCGCAUCUCCGCGCGGCCGAGCCGGGCUGGCAGCAGCUGGCGCCUGGCGGUGAGGGCGGGCUCCCGUGUGGGUGGAAUGGCCCUCACCUAGGGCGGUGGGAGAAGCGGCUGAGCCGAGGAUGCUGGGGAGGCGGCGCGGCGGCUCCUCACUCAUUCCAGGCAUUAGGUCCAGUGCUUAGUAUUUGACCAGCUCUUUUCCCUCCUGACCAUGGGGUUUAUUGGAAACAAAAUUCCAGUACACUGCUCCUUUAUGAAGAUGGGCCCCAGCAGACUCCCAAAGAUCGUCAGCUCCUGAAGAACUGUUUCUUUCACAUUUGAAAUUGAACUAUAUUUGAAAUUUGAAAUUGCCAUAUUUGAAAUUGCCAGGAUGUUUCCAGAUUGGGUUUAUUGUCAUUGUUUUGCUUGAAAGAUAUUGAUCAUCUUUCUGAAGUAGAAUCUCCAUGGCCUGAAUGUUUUCUGAAAAAUAUUUGUAGCAAAAUAUCUGUUUAAUAGCAAGAUAACCACAUCAAGAUGGUUGGAAAACUGAAGCAGAACUUACUAUUGGCAUGUCUGGUGAUUAGUUCUGUGACUGUAUUUUACUUGGGCCAACACGCCAUGGAAUGCCAUCACCGAAUAGAAGAACGUAGCCAGCCCCUCAAAUUGGAGAACACAAAGACCACUGUGCGAACUGGCCUGGACAUCAAAGCCAAUAAAACCUUUGCCUAUCACAAAGAUAUGCCUUUAAUAUUUAUUGGAGGUGUGCCUCGGAGUGGAACCACACUCAUGAGGGCCAUGCUAGAUGCACACCCUGAUAUUCGCUGUGGAGAGGAAACCAGGGUCAUUCCUCGAAUCCUGGCUCUGAAGCAGAUAUGGUCACGGUCGAGUAAAGAGAAAAUACGCCUGGAUGAGGCUGGUGUCACCGAUGAAGUGCUGGAUUCUGCCAUGCAGGCCUUCUUACUAGAAAUCAUUGUUAAGCAUGGGGAGCCAGCCCCUUACUUAUGUAAUAAAGAUCCUUUUGCCCUGAAAUCCUUAACUUACCUUGCUAGGUUAUUCCCCAAUGCCAAAUUUCUCCUGAUGGUCCGAGAUGGCCGGGCAUCAGUACAUUCAAUGAUUUCUCGAAAAGUUACAAUCGCUGGAUUUGACCUGAACAGCUAUAGGGACUGUUUGACCAAGUGGAAUCGUGCCAUAGAGACCAUGUAUAACCAGUGUAUGGAGGUUGGCUAUAAAAAAUGCAUGUUAGUUCACUAUGAGCAACUUGUCUUACAUCCUGAACGGUGGAUGAGAACACUCUUAAAGUUCCUCCAAAUUCCUUGGAACCACUCAGUAUUACACCAUGAAGAGAUGAUUGGGAAAGCUGGGGGAGUAUCUCUGUCAAAAGUGGAGAGAUCUACAGACCAAGUCAUCAAGCCAGUCAAUGUGGGAGCUCUAUCAAAAUGGGUUGGGAAGAUACCUGCAGAUGUUUUACAAGACAUGGCAGUGAUUGCACCCAUGCUUGCCAAACUUGGAUAUGACCCGUAUGCCAAUCCACCUAACUAUGGAAAACCUGAUCCCAAAAUCCUUGAAAACACUAGAAGGGUCUAUAAAGGAGAAUUUCAGCUACCUGAAUUUCUUAAAGGAAAACCUCAGACUGAGCAAGUGGAAUAGCAGAGCCAAGAACCUCUUGCAUACUUGAGGGAAGACUGCUGCCUUUUCAGCAGCAGAGAAGUUUCUAGGACUGGCUGUCCCCUGCUGAGAUCAGUGGAGUAUAUGUACCAUGACCCGAAUCUCCUUCUCAUUUGCCAGUCUCCUCCCACUGAGAGGGUGGGAUGUCAGCACACAUUCGGACCCUCCUGAGUGACCUGCUUCUUCCCGAGUACAGCACUCUUGAUCCUGAUUACGUGCAUGGCCCUGUGGAGAAGGAGCCCAGAGAGGAUGUGUGCUUUCUCUUAAAACUGCUCUGAUCCUCAUCUUUUCUUACCAGAUUCCAAACUUUGUUUUCAAGGGGAGGGUUUAAAGAUGGGAUUCUUAAGCAAAAUUGGGUAGUUUCAUCUUGGAAUAGGUUGUCUGUACAUGUUCUAAUGUUUUGUAGAACACUUGUACCUGUUUAAAUGUAUUGAUGUGGAUAAUAUUAAAUAUCUUAAUUAUUUAAAUAAUUCAUUGUAUUGUUUCUGAGAAGUUGAGGAAUUACCACAUACAUUUACAAC